AGAGGGGCGAGCGGCUGGGUUGGAGUCGCAACCCAAGGGGUGCGUCCUGCUGCAGAUGAGGGUAUGAGGAGAUGGUCAAUAAAACCCCUCGGUGCAGACCUUUCUGCACAUUGUACAACCCAAGUAUCUCAGUAUCUCAGUAUCUCCGCGGUGAUCGACAGUUUCCUGCUGCAAAUCCGGAGCCAUGGCGCAGUCACACAGCGAAAGCAUACUGGUGGAUGAGAAGCACAUCAACGCCGCCAUAGAGAGCCAAGGCAGCGGGAGCGAUGUCGGGAGCAUUGAGCCGGACUGGACUGAGGAGGAGGAGAAGGCAUUGGUUAGGAAAAUUGAUUUCCUGGUGAUGCCUCUCCUGAUGCUCAGCUUCUUUGCGCUUCAAAUGGAUCGCGGGAAUAUCGGAAAUGCCUUGACCGACUUCUUCUUUGCCGAUGUUGGAAUUACCCAGAACCAGUUCAACAUUGGACAACAGCUCCUUUCACUUGGCAUUGUCCUUCUCGAGAUACCCAGCAACUUGGUUCUGUAUAGAGUUGGGCCUUCCUUAUGGAUUGGAUGCCAGAUAGUUGCAUGGGGUCUUAUUGCCACAUUCCAGGCAUUCCAGAAAGGCCUUGGUCCGUUCUUGGCCACCAGGUUAUUACUUGGGUUGGCCGAAGCCGGGUUUAUUCCUGCUUGUCUCUAUACCAUCACAAGGUGGUAUAAGAGAGAUGAAACCAGCACUCGGUUCUCCUGGGUCUUUAUUGGGAACCUCUCGGCAGGUGCUACCACAGGGCUGAUUGCCUACGGGAUAUUGCAGAUGCGCGGCAUCGCCGGCCUUGGAGGUUGGCAAUGGCUGUUUCUCAUCGAGGGCAUGUUCACCGUCGUUGUUGGAAUCAUCUUCCUCCUGCUGUUCCCUCAAAGCACGAGCAAACCAGUAUCACUCGUGGGAAUCCGGCUCUUCAGCGAGCGCGAAUCGUAUAUCUUAACCAGCCGCGUUCUUGCCGACGACCCUCAGAAAGAACACGCAAAAUCCUACGUUACUCCGGCCGAGCUGAAGCACACGUUGACGAACUGGAGGCUAAUCCCCCAUGUUAUCGCAACCAUCUGCGGACUGGCGCCCAUCUCAACAAUGAUGUCAUACGCACCAACAUUAGUCCAUUCGUUUGGCUACGAGAGACUGAAGUCCAACGCAAUGGCAUCUAUUGGGGCUUUCAUCCUGAUCAUAAUAACCGUUGCCUGGGGGCACAUUGGGGAUAAACUCCGCCUUCGCGGCCCGUUAGUAGCCCUCGGGUUGUUCAUUUACUGGGGUUUUGUCCUUGGAGACCGGCUCUUGGUCGAAUCCCACAACCCAACCAAGAGAUUUGCGCUAUUGACCCUGACGAUCUGCUUCGGCAGCAAUUGGCAUCCGAUACAUGGCUCAUGGCUGGCGUUGAAUGCCCGCACGGCUGGAGAGAGAUCGAUUACGAUGGCCAUAUUCAUCAUGGCAGCCAAUACGUCCGGGAUCGUCGGCAGCCAACUGUUCCAGCAGGAGGACGCGCCUUUGUACCGAACCGGUUGGACCAUCAUCACCGUCCUUGUUUCCGUGUCACUCUUGGCUUCGCUGGUGUCUAAUAUCCAGUAUCGUUUGUUGAACCGUCGACAAGGCAACAAAGCCCCUUACCACCUCUAGGCCUUCCGGAACCCCAGGAUCGGGGCUUGAAAAGGAGAUUUCGGAUAGAGAAGGGGUUAUUUUUAUUUUACAUGCUUUUGGCUGUUGCUUUCCAAGACCUGGGAGAUUCACCUCGGAGCAACACCUCUGGAUUAACGAUGUCUAACGUAUAAUAAUGAAAUAGACAUUUUUGUCUAGGAAAUAUUAACCGGACGGUGUGCCUUCUUCCAGCUUGGCUUUGAGGGGUAGG